UUUUAAUGGAUAGAAAAAUAUAUGUACUAUAUACUAUUUUAAAUAUAUGUUUUAAAGAAACUACAAAAACAGAAGUUUACAAGGGUAUAAUCUGUUAAAGCAAGAAGCGUGAUUUAUUUAAAACUAGAAUGCAUGUUAGUUUUCAUACACUUAGUUUGAUAAUUGCUACAUUUAUGCUACUAAUAUUGCCAGACCCUUCAUAUGCUUUAAAAAAAAAGAACUCAAGAAGCAAAAAGGAUAAAAAUCCACCAAAAACUGUAUUUAUAAAUACUUGGGCAGUUGUUGUAAAUGGAGAUGAUGCAAUGGCAAUGAAAGUAGCGGGAGAAAACGGGUUCAUAAACCUGGGAAAAGUAUUUGAAAAUGUUUACCAAUUUAUUCAUCGAGGAAUCCCGAAAAGGUUAAAGCGUGCAUCCUAUUCGAAAACUAUACAUCUUAACAAAGACAAAAGAGUUGCUUGGGCUCAGCAGCAAGAGUUAAAGAUUCGAGUAAAAAGAUCAAUAUCUUUUAAUGAUGUUUGGUGGCGAAAGCAAUGGUAUCUGUACAGGCAGGAUGAUGAUUAUUUUGGACAUGAUUUAAAUUUGCUUCCUGUUUGGAGAAGAGGAAUUACGGGAAAAGGUGUUGUGAUAUCGAUAUUAGAUGAUGGAAUUGAGCAUACACAUCCAGAACUAAAAGGAAACUAUGAUUCUAGAGCCAGCUUUGACUUUAAUAGCAAUGAUACUGAUCCUUCACCAAGAAGUAACUGGCGUGAAGAUAACAGACAUGGAACAAGAUGCGCUGGUGUUGCAGCAGCAGUUGCAAAUAAUUCAAAUUGCAUUGUGGGUGUAGCCUACGAAGCUAGAAUUGGUGGAAUUCGAAUGUUAGAUGGGGAAAUUACAGACUUGAUUGAAGCUCAAUCUCUCAGUCAUGAGCGUGGAUAUAUUGACAUUUACAGUUCUUCUUGGGGUCCACAAGAUGAUGGUGAAACAGUGGAGGGGCCUGGUUUUCUUACUCAAAUUGCUUUAGAGUUUGGAGCAAAAUAUGGAAGGCAAGGCAAAGGAAGUAUUGUUGUUUGGGCUUCUGGAAAUGGUGGAAAAUACCAUGAUAAUUGUAACUGUGAUGGGUAUACUAAUAGUAUUUACACAAUAUCAGUAAGUGCAGUAAGUUCUGUAGGUGCUCAGCCAUUAUACUCUGAAAGUUGUGCAUCAACACUUGUCUCAGCUUACAGCAGUGGAACAACUAAGUUUGAUCGUCGAGUAAUGACUACUGAUUUAAAUCAAGGAUGUACCGAUAGUCACACAGGUACUUCUGUAUCUCCACCAAUCAUUGCUGGUCUUAUUGCUCUUGCAUUACAAGUUAAUCCGAAACUUACAUGGCGUGAUGUCCAGCAUAUAUUGGUUGAGUCUUCAAAGUUGGACAAGCUCUUGGGAGAUGAUUUUAAAUACAAUGGUGCUGGAAAGCAGUUUAGUCAUCAUUUCGGCUUUGGAAUAGUAAAUGCUGAAAAUCUUGUAGACAUUGCUGAGGGUUGGGCAACAGUGGGUGAACAACAUUCUUGUUACCAUCAAAAGAAAAAUAUGCUCUACCCUCAUAAUCGAUUUAAUAACAGUUUCCCGAUUGUUCUGCAGUUUAAUACAACAGCAUGCUCAGGAACAUCACAAGUUGUUAAUUUUGUUGAACAUGUUCAUGUUGUUGCAACAUUUUAUCACUACCGACGUGGAGCAACUGAGAUAUCCGUUGUUUCUCCUAGCGGCACAGAAAGUUGGAUUUUAAAAGAAAGAAAAAUGGAUAUUCGUGAUGGAGAAUUUAAAAAUUGGAAGUUUUUAUCAAAUCAUUUCUGGGGAGAAAAACCCAAUGGUUUAUGGAAAAUAAAUUUUAUAAGUAGAGAACUUGAUGAUUAUGAACAAGGUUUUUUGAAAGAUGUAGAAUUCAUUAUCUAUGGCACUGAACAUCAACCUCAAAAGUUUAAAAAAAAAUCAGUAAAGCCGUUUUACAGCAAAUGCCAUAUACUUUGUGAUAGUGGAUGUGUUGGGGUUGGGCCCCAUAAUUGCGUUACUUGCAAAGGAUAUUUUUACAAAUCAUCUGAUAUUAAAUAUUGCGUUGAAUCAUGUCCAAUACAUAUGUACACUGUAGGAGUAAGUCACGAAUGUUUGCCAUGUCACAGUUCUUGCUUGUCUUGUGAAAAUGGAAAUCAGUCUAAUUGUUUGACUUGCCCAAUCCCUACAGCUUUGUUGAACGGAAGAUGUGUUCAGCAUUGUCCAUUGCACAUGUUAAACUACGCUGAUGUAAGUGGCCAUUUUGUCUGUCAAAAUUGUGGAUCAUCGUGUAGAACUUGCAAAACUCAUGCUGAUUGGUGCACAUCUUGUGAAAAUACUAAUAUCUUAGUAGAGGGUAAAUGCAUUCCAAAAUGUAAUGAUGGUGAAUGGUUUGAUAGUAAUGUUUGCCAGCCUUGUCAUUCAUCUUGUAAGACAUGUAAUGGAGGUAGUUAUUUAAACUGCAUCACGUGUCCUAAAACGUCUUUUAAUGAUGAAGAAGAUAGAUAUCUUUAUAAUGGACGUCAGUGUGUUCUUAACUGUCCUGUAAGAACAUAUCAUGCUAAUACAAUUGCUGGAGAUUGCUUAGAUUGUCCUGAAAACUGUUUGCAGUGUAGCAAUGAAGGUCGUAAAUGUGACAUUUGUUCUUUUGAUUAUUUUCGAGUUUCUGGUGAAGGGAAUUGCGUCAAAUUUUGCCCACAAGGUUAUUACACAGAUAUGAUUACAAGAAUGUGUGAAAGUUGUGGUCACCAAUGUGAAUCAUGUGUACCGGGUAAUUCUGCAGCUUGCACCUCCUGUUUUAAUGGUUAUUUUUUGAAGGGUCACGAAUGUGUAUCAAAGCUUGAAUGUCAAUCAAGAUAUUACGUUGAUGUUACUACUGGAAAAUGUAAACUGUGUCCUAUAAACUGUUCCUUUUGCGAAAAUGCAAACGUUUGCACAGCUUGUUUUUUAAAUUACUAUCUCACGACAGAUAAACAAUGCUUACAUAAAUGUCCUAGUGGCACAUAUGGUGUUGAAAGUCCUGCUAGUUGUGUUAAAUGUUCUAAAAGUUGUCAGGAAUGCAAUGGUCCAACAGUUUAUGAAUGUACUGUAUGCAGUCAAGGUAAGCAUCUGUUUCACGGGCGUUGUGUAGAAGAAGUUCCUGUUGGGUAUUUCGCAAGGCAUAAUGGGAUUUCUAGCGUAUGCGAGCCAUGUCACCAUACCUGUCAUGAAUGUUUAGGGCCCGAUAACUGUAUAUCAUGCAUUGGUGAGUUGGACAACCGAAACAAGGGGUGUGUUAAUCCAUGCCCAAAUCAAUAUCUUUCGCAAAAUAAUUGUCAGAGUUGCCAUCCCGGGUGCGGUUCUUGUUUUGGGCCUAACUAUGAUCAAUGCUUAGAAUGCAACGGAAAUUUCUCUCUUCACACAGAUACUCAUACUUGUCACAAAGUUUGUCAAAGGAAGUUCUAUAAUGAUGAAAAAACAUUAACAUGUAAACCAUGUCAUUAUUCUUGUGCUUCGUGUGUAGGACCAAGCUUUGAACAAUGUCUUACGUGUAUUGAUAAACUUUAUUUUCUCAAUAAUACAUGUGUUUCUCAAUGCCCGUUAGGUUGGUUUAAAACGUUUGAUCACGCGUGCGCUCGCUGUAGUUCACGCUGUAGUCAAUGUAUCUAUAACUUUGAUUUAUGUACAAAUUGUGGAACAAAUGAAGUUUGGCAUGAUUUCAAAUGUUAUUCUGCAUGUCCAGCUCAUAUGUUUAAAGAUAAAAGUAAUCGAUGUUAUCAAUGUCAUGAUAGUUGUAGCACUUGUGACGGUGCUUCUCCAAACCAAUGUUUAACAUGUCGUCAAGGAUUCAGUAUUUAUAACGGAAUGUGCAUUGAAGGAUGUACUGCUGGGUUUUUUUAUAGUCCUUUAAAAAACAAAUGUCUAUCAUGUAAUGGUAAUUGCUUACGUUGUUACGAAUUUUAUGGAAAAAUUUUUUGUACAAAGUGUAAUAAUUCAACUUAUUUACAACCAAAUGGAAUUUGUUCCCAUCAAUGCCCAAUAUUAUAUUAUCGAUAUCCAAAAGAUAAUGUGUGCAUGAAAUGUAAUGAUAAAAAUUGCUUAGUCUGUGAAGAGGUUUCUGGUACAUGUUUAUUAUGUCCACCAAUGUAUGAUCUGGUGAAUGGAGUUUGCAAAACUAGUUGUCCCAUGGGCACAUUUUAUAAUAAAAGUGACUAUUCCUGUUCAUCGUGUGAUUUAUUUUGUCGGUCAUGCAACGAUACUCGUUACUGUAAUAGUUGCAUAGAUAAUUACUUUUUAUUUGUAUCAAAUGAAGGAAAACAUCAAUGUGUGCAAAGUUGUCCUGAAGGGUACUACGAAAAAGAGAAGAGGUGUCAACCAUGUAAUGAUCAAUGUCUGAAAUGUAACAGCUCCUCUUGCCAUUCUUGUAUUCACCCAUCAGUUUUAUUUAAUUCCACCUGUAUUAAGAAUUGCCCUUUCGGAUACAUACGACAUAAAGAAAAUAAUGUUUGCGAAUCAUGUGAUCUAAGGUUUUUAGGGUGUUUGAACUGCAAUGAUAAAAUAUGCAUUCAAUGUCAACCUGGAUUUUAUAUGUUUAAUAGAUCUUGUCUAAGCAUUUGUCCCUCUGGUUUUGUUUUAUCAUCUGGUGCAUGUCAACCCUGCAAUAAGCUCCAUAGCAGAUGUAUAUUACAAACCCAAAGCACUUAAAUUCAUUCCAAUCAACAGAGUUUUUAAACGCAUUUGUAGUUUAUAGUAAGGUGUAUAUUGAAGCAUAGGUAGUCUUUAAUAAGGUGUAUACCGAAGCAUAGCUUUUAGUAAGUAUAUUGGAACUGUCACCAAUUACUAAAGUUACAGAGCUAAGAAGUUUUUGUGUUUUCAAUUAUUUUGAUAAUUUGGAAGAAAAUUCUAAAGGUUUAUGCAAAAUAUUAUUAUUACACAAAACAUUUCAUAGCUUAUCUACAAACUAUCAUAGUUAAUUAAAUUCUUCAAGGUCAUUGUUUUCCAGAAAUUUUUGUGUUAUGUCAUACAAAAAGCGAUAAGUGUAAUGCAAAAACGAUAGAUGUUAUGUAAAAAUUAUAAUCAUUAUUAAAGAAAUCGAUUUUAAUAAUUUGUGAAAGUUUAAACCAAUGCUUCAAGAGUUCCAUAUCGAUAACUUUAUUACUGAUAAUUCAGACAAUUAUAAUUUUAUCAGAACGCAUUUUUCAACUGAAAUAUUUUAUGAAUUGUUGGAAACGUUUAUUUUAUGAAUUGUUGGAAACGUAUAAUUUAAAGGUG